CAGAUCGGUUCUUCCGUCUUCAUCGCCGUUCUUUCCAACGACGUAUCACAAUCUCACACUUUCAUCCUAUAAUCAACCUUCUUAUCUAUCUUAAAGCAUUAUUCCUUGCUUUAUUUUAUUUAUUAUCGUCUUAAUUUGCGUGCCGCACCAGUGCUUCCGUGUUUGUGCUCUACUGCUCUGCCGGAAUCUAGCCCGUUAGGCGGCGAAAAAAGCGAGCGAAGAUUCAGCUGGUGGCCAUUGUUCCCUAGCUGAAGAAGAAGACGCUGCUGUCAAGAUCCAGGCAUUUUACAGGGGCUAUCAAACCCGUCGUGAUUUAGCCGAUAAGAAAGAAAGGGAACUCUACGGUCCGGGUGGGAAACCGGGCAAGAAGAAAAAAGGAACGUAUCCGAAGCCUCUUGCACCUCAACCGCCUCAGCAGCAACAGCAACAGCCACCUCAGACACAUCCAGCAGCUGUAGAUUUAGCGCAGCACCAAACGGCAGCUUUGACGUAAAGUAUAUCAAACAUCUCCAACGACAAAAACGAAAUGGAUUUGGACGCAAUGGAUCCCGCUGAACUCGAGCAAGAUUUGGACUUGAUGAACGCAGCCACCAAGAUUCAGGCCUCGUUCCGAGGACACAUGGCCCGGAAACAAGCAGAGAAGCAGAGCAAGAAUGACAGCGAGAUUACCAAAGAAAUGGAGAAACUUCAAUCCAAGAGUCCAGUGCCGAAUGAAGAGGAGCUGGACGUGGAUUUGAGUGAUCCAUCGCUGAACCACGCCGCCACCAAAAUCCAAGCAUCUUUCCGCGGCCAUAUGACGCGGAAGACUCUCGUCAAAGACUAAAAAAAAAGAAACCAAGUCAUUAAAAAAAAGGAGUAUACGAAAUAGUUAAAACGAAAGGGAACCUACAAAAGAGAAACAUUAAUCAAUUAACUUUUAAUUUGGCAUCAAACAUACGACGACCAUUUACAAUUUUUUGAAACCAACAAGAAAACUGAUGAUUAAAGAAAAAAAUUGACACGUUACAAGAAAAGCAAUUUAGAGAAAAGCACACGAUUCACGAGGAGGGUAAAAGAGACAAGUCAACGUUCACCGUGUCCAAUUACAAAUCAUCGAGUUCCCUUUUUUUAAAUCUUCCUUUCGAAAAUAACUAAAUGAAAAAAAAAUCAUGUUUUUGUUUCUUAUUUAAACUCAUGUUAUUCGCAGUCUUUCUAACUCUUUCCCUAUAUAUCCAUCUCGUCUCUUAUAAUUCUAAAAAUUCUUGUAGUUAUGUUAUGUUCAUCUCCUUUCGCUGCUGAAUGCACCAGAAUUUUUCUAGUUUAACUGUGCGGGCCUAUAUAUACGUUUGUUUCUUAGGUACUGCCUGUAUGAAAUCUCUGUUUUUCCAAUAAUCAUCCCUUGAAGAUUCUUUUGUUUGCCCUGCGCCAUCACAUUCAACUCUGUAAGUCAUUUAUAUACACAAUUAUACUGGUGAAUCCCUUCAA